UUUCACUGUAGUGGAUUUAUUAACUUUGUCAUAGGAGUGUGUACACAUAACACAGGCAGUGUAGACAUGGUUCGCUGCUCUAUUGGAUUCAGUCACAGGCUGACACUGGGGGUCUCUUUCCCAGCAGAGAAGGGGACAACCAUAUUGAAGCAAUGUGUGGCUUUACACGUGUUUAUUCAUAUGUGGACUAGGAUUUAAACAUGUGAGACAGGGAGAUCCAGGGGACCACUUGGGGGAGGGGCAGCAGGAGAGGGAGAAUACUGAGGGUGAAAUGACCAUGGUGCUGUGAUACACACGGUUUGUGGUGUUUGCAUAGCUGAGCAUAGAGGUGCCUGCCUCCGACCGCAGAAGUGCUGAGGUAGAGGACGAAUGUCAUGAGUUCAAAGCCAGCCUCAGGGACACAGUGAGUUUGAAGGCUGCCUGAUCAGUUGAUCCUAUCCUGAAACAAACAUCUGCCAGCGAUGACUACAGAGGGUGAUUGAGCCUGGAGUUGGAGGAGCUGGCAUCCUUUGUCACGCCCUGCUCUGUCAUUGAGAAGAUGCUGGAGCCCAUGGAGGUGCUGUGGACAGAGAAUGAGCAUUGGCUGUGAUGCAGCUACACAGACCAUGUCCCCCUGGCCUUAAGAAGCCACACACCUGCUGGUGGUGGUGGCCUCGCUGCUGGUCCAUCUUGAUGCUGGUGUGUGUGCUGGGUAUUUUGUGCAGCUUCUAGUUUUAUCUAAACUCCGGAUCCCAUGAGAACUGUUGGGAGACACAGCAUCCCAGGAAUGAAACCAUGAGCCUUUGGGUCUGAACCUGGAGAGCACCCUGCAGUCUCCACACAAGACAGGAUCAGGCUCUCUCGGAGGCGGAGGCGGGCCGGGCAGACGGCAGUGAUGGCCAUGUUUGUGGCGCACAGCAUCGCGGGGAACCACAAGGACCUCAUCCAUGAUGUGUCUUUUGACUUCCACGGGCGCCGGAUGACCACCUGCUCCAGUGACCAGAGUGUCAAGGUCUGGGAUAUUGAAAGUGGAGAUUGGCAUUGUACUGCUAGUUGGAAGACACAUAGUGGAUCUGUAUGGCGUGUGACAUGGGCUCAUCCUGAAUUCGGAGCAGUUUUGGCUUCCUGUUCUUUUGACCGAACAGCAGCUGUUUGGGAAGAAAUAGUAGGAGAAUCACACGAUAAACUUCGAGGGCAGAGUCACUGGGUGAAGAGGACAACUCUAGUGGAUAGUAGAACAUCUGUUACUGAUGUGAAAUUUGCUCCCAAACAUAUGGGUCUCAUGUUAGCAACCUGUUCAGCAGACGGUAUAGUAAGAAUAUAUGAGGCCCCAGAUGUUAUGAAUCUCAGCCAGUGGUCUCGACAGCACGAGAUCUCAUGUAAGCUGAGCUGUAGCUGUAUUUCUUGGAACCCUUCCAGCUCUGGUGCUCACUCCCCCAUGAUCGCCGUGGGAAGUGAUGACAGCAGUCCAAACACAAUGGCCAAGGGUCAGAUUUUUGAGUAUAAUGAAAACACCAGGAAAUAUUUUCUCCCUCCCUCUGCU